GCAAAGACACAAACCCGGGGCCGCUUUUCAGAUGGCGGCGGACAGUGACCCGGAGUCUGAGGUGUUUGAAAUCACGGACUUCACCACAGCCUCCGAGUGGGAAAGAUUUGUAUCUAAAGUUGAAGAGGUGCUAAAUGAUUGGAAACUGAUAGGAAACACUGCAAGCAGAGCUUUGGAAAAGGGUGAAUUAACCACAGGAAUAUGGGAGGAGAAAUCUGAUGAGAUUUCUUUUGCAGACUACAAAUUCAGUAUAACCCAUCAUUAUCUCAAACGUGGACCUUUAACUGAUAAGGAAGCAAAAGAAGGUUCCGAAGAAGAUGCCCUUCCUGAAGCUAUGCAAGAUUUGCUGUGUGUGGACAACGAUUUUCCACCGAGAGCUCACUGCCUUGUCAGAUGGUACAGUUUGCGGGAGUUUGUGAUAAUUGCUCCAGGAGCCAACAGUGAUGCUGUCAUCAGUGAAUCGAAAUGCAAUAUUCUACUCAGCUCGAUCUCAAUUGCGUUGGGCAAUACUGGAUGUCAAGUGCCAUUGUUUGUGCAAAUCCAACAAAAAGCAAGAAGGAUGUAUGUGGGUGUUUGUGAAGGCCCUGGAGUUCGGACAGAUUUUGAAAUGGUUCACCUUCGAAAAGUGCCAAAUCAGUACAAUCAUCUCUCAGGACUGUUGGAUAUUUUCAAAUCGAAGAUUGGAUGUCCUUUAAUGCCUUUACCUCCAGUAAAUGUGGCUAUUCGGUUUACCUAUGUGCUUCAAGAUUGGCAGCAGUACUCUUGGCCUCAGCAACCACCAGAUAUUGAUGCAUUGGUUGGAGGAGAAGUGGGUGGCCUAGAAUUUGGAAAGUUACCAUUUGGAGCAUGUGAAGACCCUAUCAGUGAAUUACACUUAGCCACCACUUGGCCUUACCUCGCAGAAGGCAUUGUUGUUGACAAUGACGUCUACUCGGAUCUAGACCCUCUUCAAGCACCGCAUUGGUCUGUCAGAGUGAGAAAGGCUGAUAACCCUCAGUGCUUAUUGGGAGAUUUUCUUACUGAGUUCCUUAAAAUUUGUCGUCGGAAAGAGUCAACUGAUGAACUUCUUGGAAAGUCAGCUUUUGAAGAAGAUGGGAAAGAGAAUACAGAUAUUACCCAUGCAUUGCAGAAACUGACAGACCCAGGCACAGUUCAUAUUCCUAGAUUAUCCACUAUGUCCAAUAUAGUCCACAGUGCUCGCAAGAGAAUGCACAGAAAUAGACGUGUCGAAGAAUCGCCAAUUAAUAAUGAAGUCCUAAACUCCAUUCUAUUAUUCCUGUUUCCAGAUGCUGCAGAAAAGGCUGGAGAGGCAUCUGAUGUGACACCCAGCACCUCAUGUGGAGUUGGAAUGGCUGCAACUGAUGAAGACUAUAAUCUCUACAGCCAGUUUAAGUCAGCUCCGUCAAACAGCCUCACAUACAAGCUGGCUUUGUGUCUCUGUAUGAUCAACUUUUAUCAUGGAGGAAUGAGGGGUGUGGCUCAUUUAUGGCAGGAGUUUGUGUUGGAAAUGCGCUACAGAUGGGAAAAUAAUUACCUUAUUCCAGGUUUAGCUAAUGGAGCCCCAGAUUUAAAAUGUUGUUUAUUGCAUCAAAAAUUGCAGAUGCUGAAUUGUUGUAUUGAGAGGAAGAAAGCAAGAGAUGAUGGAAGAAAGCAACUGUCUUCUGAAAAUGCAUCGAGCAGUUCAAUAGAGAGGAAAUUGUCAAACAACAGUAGUGAUAAAGAAAAGAAAGAGAAAGGGGACCCAUCUCAGCAGAAAUCCUGGGACUCCUGGAGUGACAGUGAGGAAGAAUUUUUUGAAUGUAUCAGUGACACAGAAGAGCUGCAGGAGAGUGACAAGAAAGAAGGGGCAGCAAAAGGCGAGAGGAAGGUUGAGGAAGGNAAAAAAGAAACUCAAAGGUGGAAACCAGAAGGACGUCUACAUCAGUACGGAAACAUGACUCUGCUUCGUAUGGGAGAGCUGCUGUAUAUUCCAGUUACACAGGAGCCAGCACCAAUGACAGAAGAUUUAUUAGAAGAACAAUCAGAGGUGCUUGCUAAAUUAGGAACUUCAGCUGAAGGAGCACACCUGCGUGCUAGAAUGCAGAGUGCCUGUUUACUGUCAGAUAUGGAAUCUUUUAAGGCUGCAAACCCUGGUUGCUGCUUAGAAGAUUUUGUGAGAUGGUAUUCUCCACGUGACUAUAUUGAAGAAGAAGUCAAUGAUAAGAUAGGUAACAUAGUACUGAAAGGUGAACUGAGUGCCAGAAUGAAAAUUCCUGGCAACAUGUGGGUGGAGGCAUGGGAGUCAGCCAAACCAAUUCCAGCUCGAAGACAGAGACGACUGUUUGAUGACACAAGGGAGGCUGAAAAGGUCCUUCACUAUUUAGUGGGAUUGAAACCUGCAGACCUGGCUCGGCAUUUAUUACCAUGCAUUAUGCAUGCUGCACUGUUGAAGGUUAAAGAGGAAGAAUCCAUUGAAGAUAUCCCUUGUGUAAGAAAAAUAAUUCAACAGAUAGUUACUCAUGUCAGCAAACUUUUAAGAUAUUCAAACCCUGAUCUCAAAAAGUUAGAAGAUAUAAUUAAUCAGAUAAUAGCUUCAGAAGCCAUUAUUGCAAGAUCUCGCUCACUUCAAGCCAAAUUUGGAAUUAAUAAAUGUGAAAAAGAAGAUGAACGUGAAGAACUAGAAAGGUUUGUGAGCUGCCUUUUAGAGCAGCCAGAGGUGCCAGCUACUGGAGCAGGACGAGGACACAUUGGGACUAUUAUCUACAAGUUAUUUGUGAAUGCACAGAGGCUGGCUGAAUCUACUGAAGAGGCUGCCACUCUGACACCAAUUGAUGAUGAACCCAGAAAGCCUUCUUCUGAGCGCAGGCCAAGCUCUGGAGCAGUCCCUGAAUUUCCUCCUCCAACUGGCCGUGAAAUAAUUCUUCGAACAACCGUGCCUCGACCAGCACCAUACUCGAAAUCUUUGCCACAGCGCAUGUACUGUGUCUUAUUAAAAGAUGAUUUCCGUCUAGCUGGUGCAUUUUCCUCAGACACCUCAUUCUUCUAAUUUUGUGAUAAUGGAGAGGCGUUUGUUAAAGGAAAACCAGACGUACUAGACUUACUGUCAUUCGUAUAUUUUGUCACGCACUUGUGUAAACUGUAGAUGCAUAUGUUUGCAUGGUGGCUGUUAAAUAUCACAGUUAAGUGAUCUGAAAGCACUCCUUGUUUUCCUCCCCUCACUACCAUAUAAAGCAUGCAAAUUUAGAAAAGUACCAUAAUUUGAUUUUGUUAAUAUAUUCAAUAAUAGAUGAUACUGGGUAAAUGUGCAAUUGUUUUAUCAAUUUGAGUUGAACAUUUUUCAGAUAUUGUGAAAGCAUGAUUUAUAGUCAAAUUGUUAAGCUUUUGUAAAAUGGAAUCGAUAGUGUACAGUGUAUUUUGAAAUGCUUAUUAAUUCAGUUGUAUAUUUAUGCAGGGCAGUUAAAUGUAGACAUUUCAUAGCUUUGAGCAAGCAAGAAGUGGCAUUUCAAUUACACGUCAUGUUUCCCACAUUCAGUUUUGUUUCCAAUUCUGUAUGGUUUUAAAGAUAUUUUAUAGCAUUGGUAAAUUACAAGUUUAAAAGCUGUAUCAUUGUUAACUAGUGAAAUAUUGCUUUGAAAGGAAGCUCAUAGAAUAUAUUUAAUAGACAAAAUCACUUUGGCAGAAUAUUUUUCAUAUGGCAUCAAUAUGGCAAAACUAGUAGUAUAAGGCUAUUCUAAGUCGUGUUGCUAAAGCAACUAUCCAGGAUACAAUUCCCUGUAACAUUGCAAGCUGUGUUGGUGUCUGCAAAUGGCUGGUAUUUAAAUAAAAUCUGCCUGCUCACUUUUGAGCAUUGAAGUGUU